GCUGCGUAUGUUUUGGAUUCGUGCAAAUGAGAUUAGCGAAACAGCUGACGAUAAUCUAGUUUGGAGUCACCUUUCAGGAGCUGAAAAAGGAAUUUGAGGUCGUGCGCCUUUUUGCGACUAAAAGUGGCUCAGGGGCUUAUGAUAAUCCAAAAGAAUGGAUGCUCCAUCCACUACUUGUAAGAAGGCAACGCUGGCCUGGUACCUGAACCUGCCUCAACCUGCCAAGGCAGUGCAGUGCACGUACAUAUGGAUCGACGGCAGCGGCGAAGGACUGCGUAGUAAAACUCGUACCGUGGAGCACGAACCAGUGAGCCCAGAAGAUCUAUCCGUUUGGAAUUUUGAUGGUUCAAGUACUGGCCAGGCUGACGGCAGCAACUCCGACGUGUACCUCUACCCCGUGGCCGUGUUUCGCGAUCCAUUUCUUGGCGGACCCAACAAGUUGGUGAUGUGCGAAACGUACAAGCACGACAAUAAACCUCACGAAUCCAACAAAAGGCAUACCUGCAAAAAGGCUAUGGAACUCGCAAAGGACCAACGACCGUGGUUCGGAAUCGAGCAGGAAUACACUCUCCUCGAGGCAAAUGGAAGGCCCUAUGGUUGGCCCAAGAACGGGUUCCCGGGACCACAAGGACCUUACUACUGCGGUGUGGGACCAGAUCGCGUCCAUGGCCGGGAUAUCGUCGAGGCCCAUUACCGCGCUUCCCUCUAUGCUGGUAUACGAAUUUCGGGCACCAACGCUGAAGUAAUGCCCGCUCAAUGGGAGUUCCAGGUUGGCCCGUGUGAGGGUGUGUCAAUAGGUGACCAGCUGUGGGUAGCUCGCUAUAUUCUUCAACGUGUAGCCGAAGAUUAUGGCGUCAUCGUCAGCUUCGAUCCUAAGCCAAUGGAAGGAGACUGGAACGGUGCUGGGGCACACACAAACUUUAGUACACUGACCAUGCGCGAACCCAACGGAAUAAGUGCAAUCGAGGCAGCGAUCAUGAAGUUGUCGCUUCGUCACGAGGACCACAUCAAGGCCUACGAUCCUAAGGGUGGACGGGACAACGAACGCCGCUUGACAGGUCUUCACGAGACCUCCAGUAUCCACGAUUUUUCGGCAGGCAUCGCCAAUCGCGGAGCCAGUAUUCGUAUACCUCGCCAUGUUGCACAGGAUGGUCAUGGUUAUCUUGAGGACCGCCGUCCGGCGUCUAACUGUGAUCCGUAUUCGGUUGCAGACCGAAUUGUUCGCACUGUUUGCCUCAAUCAGUAACCAAAUCAAAUUUUAUUAAUUUUAUUAAUCUGAUUUUGUUAAAUUUUAUUAUUAAUUUUAUUAAGGAGAUUGCCGCUGAGAUAUUGUCUUUCCUUUUCAUUCGUCUGCUAGUCAAGUACUGAGAGUCGGAUGCACAAAGUGAAAGUGCAGAUUCCUGCUUGGCUAUUGUAAAAGCAGAAGAAGAAGAAGAAGAAGAAAAAAAAAGAACACAAACUUGUUUUCAAAAUGCAUAAAUUUCACUGGAGUCUUAUAUCUUUCUACAAUUCUUUUUAUAUCUCCCCCCAAAGGGUCAUUCGAAUGUCAUUGUUUCUUGGGCGUUAGAAGCUUGUGUGUUUGUACUGUAGGGUGCUUGUCUCAACUAAUGCUUGUUGCAUACAUUGCUAUGCACCAUUAUUGAGGUACCUGUCAUAGAGAGGUAUCAGUUUCUGGAUCCCUGCAUCUCAGAAUGAUGCAGCCUAUUAUGAAAAUAAAGUACUGGUUCGCCAAUCCGCCGUAUCACAGCUUCGGUCGCUACAUUAUUUUUUAAUCUCUGAGAAAAAAAAAACACCUGUGAUGAAAACAUUUUUGUUGUUUGUCCUCACAAACUUUCAGAGGACUGUCCCUUUGACUGCACGCAGCAAAUACGAGGCGACAGGCUGUCCUAUUGCAUUUUAAGACAUGUCCAUACCAUCUUAAGAUGGCAUCUGUGACUCAACAGUGCACAAGUAAACUUGCAUGCAUCGCUAAUAAUUGCAAAUUGUACUCCUUUGCUGGAUGUGCCUCGUAUCUUGCAUUAAACCAUGCAAAAACU